CACUUCCUCGUCCUUCCAGCAGCAUCGUCACCUUCACUAGAAGACGAGCGAGCGGCGGACGACGUGCGGGCUUGCAUCUUUCACUCAGCAGCUCUGCGCCAUUUUCUUGCCUCUACAGAACUAGCAUUCAUAUUAAUAUUAAUAUUUAUAUGUAUAUUUAUAUUGAUGUUGAUGAUGUGAGGCGACCUCGCUGUUGUUGAUCCUACAUCGUCAGCUGCGACACAAGAAGAAGAAGAAGAGUCUUCAUCCUCCUGCCAGAACAAUCUCCAUCUUCUUCAUCCUCCUCCUCUUCUUCAUCCUCCUCCUCUUCCUCCCAGCAGCUGCGCCAUGGCGGACAUAACGGCCGAGUGCAACAUCAAAGUGCUGUGCCGCUUCCGGCCUCUCAACCAGGCCGAGAUCAUCCGAGGAGAUGUCUUCCUGCCCAAGUUCCACGCAGACGACACGGUGGCCCUCGGGGGAAGGUCGUACGUUUUCGACCGAGUCUUUCCCACCAACACCACCCAGGAACAGGUGUACAACACCUGUGCCAAGCAGAUCGUCAAAGAUGUGUUGUGUGGAUACAACGGCACCAUCUUUGCUUAUGGACAAACAUCAUCAGGCAAGACUCACACCAUGGAGGGCAAGCUGCAUGACCCUCACCAAAUGGGAAUUAUUCCUCGCAUCGCUGAAGACAUUUUUAAUCACAUCUUCGCUAUGGACGAAAACUUGGAGUUUCAUAUCAAGGUUUCCUACUUUGAGAUCUACAUGGACAAAAUCCGAGACUUGCUGGACGUGACAAAGACCAACUUGUCGGUCCAUGAGGACAAGAACCGUGUGCCCUACGUCAAGGGUUGCACUGAGAGGUUUGUGUCCAGUCCUGAUGAAGUCAUGGACCUGAUUGAUGAAGGAAAGUCCAACCGCCAUGUUGCUGUCACCAAUAUGAACGAGCACAGUUCUCGCAGUCACAGCAUCUUCCUCAUCAACAUCAAGCAGGAACAUGUGGAGACUGAGCAGAAGAUCUGUGGGAAACUUUACCUGGUAGACCUGGCUGGUAGUGAGAAGGUGAGUAAGACGGGGGCAGCAGGAGCCGUCCUGGACGAGGCCAAGAACAUCAACAAGUCUCUUUCAGCGUUAGGAAACGUCAUCUCAGCCCUGGCUGAGGGCACCAAAAGCCACGUGCCGUAUCGUGACAGCAAGAUGACUCGCAUCCUGCAGGACUCGCUGGGCGGGAACUGUCGCACCACCAUGUUCAUCUGCUGCUCGCCCUCUAGCUACAAUGAUGCAGAGACCAAGUCCACGCUCAUGUUUGGUCAACGGGCCAAGACCAUCCGGAACACGGCCUCCAUCAACCUGGAGCUGACGGCCGAGCAGUGGAAGAGGAAGUACGAGAAGGAGAAGGAGAAGAACAAGACAAUGAAGGAAAGCAUCCAGAAGCUGGAGGCCGAGCUCAACCGCUGGAGGAACGGCGAGAACGUGCCGGAGACGGAGCGCACGCAGCCGGAGAAUGUCACUCGCUACGAGACCACGGAGGAGACGCAGCGACCCGUCCUGGACAACGACACCUCCUCCAUCGUGGUCCGCAUCUCUGAGGAGGAGCGCCACAAGUACGAGGAGGAGAUACGCAAACUGUACAAGCAGCUGGACGACAAGGAUGAUGAAAUAAAUCUGCAGUGUCAGCUGGUGGAGAAACUCAAGCAGCAGAUGUUGGACCAGGAUGAGCUGCUGGCGUCCUCGCGGGGUGACGGAGACAAGGUGCAGGCGGAGCUGGGUCGUCUGCAGGUGGAGAGUGAGUGUGCCAAAGCAGAGGUGAAGGAAGUCCUGCAGGCCCUAGAGGAGUUGGCCAUCAACUACGACCAAAAGAGUCAGGAGGUGGAGGACAAAGGUCUGCAGAACCAACUGCUGGCUGACCAGCUGGCACACAAAAUGGCCAGUCUGCUGGAGCUGGAGGCGGAGCUAUCUCGCAUGCAGGAAGUAAGUGGUCAGCAGAGGAAACGCAUAGCAGACGUCCUCAAUGGUCUGAUGAGAGACCUCAGUGAGUUCAGUUCCAUCGUGGGCAACGGAGAACUCAAACUGCCGGUGGAGAUCAGCGGGGCCAUCGAGGAGGAGUUCACGGUGGCCCGCCUGUACAUCAGCAAGAUCAAGUCGGAGGUGAAGAGCAUGGUGAAGAGGUGUCGGCAGCUGGAGAACAUGCAGCUGGAGUGUCACCGCAAGAUGGAGGAGACAGGACGGGAGUUGUCCUCCUGCCACCUGCUUAUCUCUCAGCACGAAGCCAAGAUCCGCUCCCUGAGUGAGUACAUGCAGACCGUGGAACACAAGAAGAGGAUGUUGGAGGAGAGUCACGACUCUCUCAGUGAGGAACUGGCCAAGCUGCAGGACCAAGAUAAUUCUCUGGUGGACGAGAAAGAAGCAGAGAAGGGAGAGACUGAGGACGGAAACGUGAAGAAGAUCCGAGGGGAGUCUCAUCGCGGCCUUCAUCACAAGCAGCUCGCUCGUCUGCGCGAUGAAAUCAACGAGAAGCAGAGGCUGAUCGACGAACUCACCGAUCGUAACUCCAAGAUGGAGUUGGAGUUGGCGCAGGUUCGCUCCGACUUUGAACGUCUGAAAAGUCAAGACAGCACCAAGAGCGAGCGCCUGGAGGAACUCUCGUUCCUGCACGAGCGCCAUGAGCAGACCAAACAGGACCUGAAGGGUCUGGAGGAGACGGUGGCCCGCGAGCUCCAGACCCUCCACAACCUGCGCAAGCUGUUUGUUCAAGACCUCACGUCGCGGGUUAAAAAAAGUUCCGAAAUGGAACCUGAUGAUAGUGGGGGGUCUUGCACCCAGAAGCAGAAGAUCUCCUUUCUGGAGAACAACUUGGACCAACUUACAAAGGUUCACAAACAGCUGGUUCGUGACAAUGCAGACCUGCGCUGUGAGCUUCCGAAGUUGGAGAAACGUCUUCGGUCUACUGCUGAGAGAGUUAAGGCCCUGGAGACUGCACUGAGGGACGCCAAGGAGGGCGCAAUGAUGGACCGCCGCCGCUACCAGCAGGAAGUGGACCGCAUCAAGGACGCCAUGAGGGCCAAGAACGCGCUCAGGCGCCCUCACGCCGCGCAGAUCGCCAAGCCCGUGAGGCCCAAGCAACUUCCUGUGUGCUCUCCCAGCAACCCCUUCUACUCCUACAUCCGAGCCACUGAGCAUGCCAACACCUUCAGCAACGCCGUCUUCCAGAGCAACAUGACGCCACCGCCUAGCGCCGCCGGCGUCAACUCCAACCCCAACUCUGUCCAGACCAACACAGUUUCUACAGCGCUGGGCUACAGAGCUGCUAGAUACAAUGGAGACAUCCUGGAGUCCUUCCCACUAAACAUUGACAAUGGAAACAGCGUCAGUGACACACGAGACAUCAAUGACAACAGGAGUGAUGUGCACUGUGGCAGCGAGGUGGACGACUCCAAGAGACCCUUCAUGGUCCAGCAGGAGACAGCUGCCAGUUAAUACCAAGGUCAUGACCAAAACACUGUACAUGUGCAAGGACCGCCACUUUCCAGGCCCCUCCCACCCGCAUGAACGCAGCACCCCCCCGCUCCUCAGUGAUGAUCUUUGGCUUUGUAGUCUUCUAGUCUCCUAGUCUCCUAGUCUCCUAGUCUCCUAGUCUCCUCCACCUCUCACUCAGAGAUGAUGUCUUUCUUGUAAAUACACACACACACACACACACACACACACACACACACACUAACACACACACACACACACUAGCAUGCAUGUGACUUAGCAGGUUAGCUUCAUGCCAGCACACGUGCAGAGUGACAAAAGCUGGAUGGACUUUGCAGGUGUUUGCAGGUGAACACACACCUUCCAUCAAGAGGCAACACAAAACAAAGAUAGCUGCCCUUCGUCCAAACAUGUCAUGAUCUAGGACUUGCACCCACAACCACAACAUCUAGCCAGCGUCCAAACAUGUCAUGAUCUCCGACUUGCACCCACAACCACAACCUUCAUGCACAAUUCUUUCAGGCGUUGAUGUCUUCAUUCCUUGACUUGAAGCAUGAUUUGGAGCACAUGAGAAAGCGUGGAUGUUGUCACCGUGCUGAGUCAGCGCUAAUUGGAAACGACAAGCUUUUCAGGCGCGUUCGGAGGCGGAGCUUCAAAUGUUUCUACUGCCUGGCUCAAGGGGUCGCUUAGCCUAGCAUGACGACAUGAGUGGUUGUCAAACCUCAGAAACCAGCUUCGUGACAACAUUCAAACACGGUAGCACAGUAGGCCCGAGUAGUCAUUAAAAACAAGGUGUUGUUCAACAACUGUGACAUCACAGAGUUUGAACAGUAACACUGCGUGGGAUGUUUGUGAAAGGACUACUUUAGCCUAGCAUGGUGGCUAACAGUAAACCUCAAUAGAAGUCUUGGGUUCAGGGAAGUCCAACCUCCCACAUCCUGACCGGCCAAUCAGGAGCCAGGAACGCAGCACAUGUGACCUUGGACUUCCCUGUGCGUCUAACUUGAGGAAGUCCACACCACGGUUUGAUCCCCAACGCGUGAACGUACAGCAGGUCUGGAUUGGUUCUGGUGAGGAUCCUGCGGGGCGUUGGGUGUUACGUGCAGGACCAGCUGCAGUGUGCCCAAACAACCAGCAGGAGCAAAUAAUACUGGACUUGUCAGGUGCAUUUUUCAGAGAACCCAGACCUACUUUACCACGUUCUCUUCCAAAGUGUCAAAGAUCCACGCGGCUAAAAUGUUUAGCUAGCUGUUGACGCCGUGCAGGGACUAAAAUAAGCACCUGACCUCCAACAGACCUAUUUUCCCUUCAAGGUACACAGGAGCAGACGUGGCAUCUGUAAAGCAGGAAAUAAUAUUCCAGCACGGAUUUCAAAAUAAUUACACAUUGGAAACUAAAUUCUGUCGUAUUCUUAUGUUUUAUUGUGGAUUUUUUUUAUUGUCCUUCAACUGCAUUCAUUGAUAUUUAUUUAUUUGUAAUGUAUAUAUUUAUUUAUUUGUAAUUUAUGUAUUUAUUUGUAAUGUAUAUAUUUAUGUGUAAUGUAUGUAUUUGUAAUGUAUUUAUUUAUUUGUAAUGUAUUUAUUUGUAAUGUAUUUAUUUGUAAUGUCUUUAUUUAUUUGUAAUGUGUUUAUUUAUUUGAAUUGUAUCUUGAUGACGAUGAUGUAAUUAGUCUAUUGUUUGAUUAAUUAUUACGAUGUACUUCAUACAGUAUAUUGAUGUACACGUUUCAUCUAUAUCUGCUUCAAAUUCAUGUGCGGAAUAAUACCUGUACUACUUCAUCCUGUACAUGACUUCCUGUACUAUUUUAUCCUGUACACGACUUCCUGUACUACUUCAUCCUGUACAUGACUUCCUGUACUACUUCAUCCUGUACACGACUUCCUGUACUACUUCAUCCUGUACACGACUUCCUGUACUACUUCAUCCUGUACAUGACUUCCUGUACCACAAUACGUAAGACACACUGAUUCAUUGGAUUUGACAUGUACUCCACAUGUACUCAACAUCCUGUGAUACUCUCUAUGUAAAUACAUGUACUGUACAUGUACUGUACAUGCUAUAAUACUCUGUAUGUAAGUACAUGUACAUCCUAUAAAACGCUGUAUGUAAAUACAUGUACUGUACAUGCUAUAAUACUCUGUAUGUAAGUACAUGUACUGUACAUCCUAUAAUACUCUGUACAUACAUGUACUGUACAUGCUAUAAUACUCUGUAUGUAAAUACAUGUACUGUACAUGCUAUAAUACUCUAAGUACAUGUACUGUACAUCCUAUAAUACUCUGUAUGUAAAUACAUGUAUGGUACAUCCUACAAUACUCUGGAUGUAAGUACAUGUACUGUACAUGUUAUAAUACUCUGUAUGUAAAUACAUGUACUGCAUUGUGUGUUGGAGCUCAAUAAAGUUAGA